AUGUCAUCUAAAAGAAAACACAGUUCUUCAUGGGCACAUUUCACUGAAGAUACAUCAGAGAGGAAGAGAGCAAAAUGUAAGUACUGUUCGACGUUCAUCAGUAUUGCAGGAGGGUCGUUUGGAAACUUGAAUCGGCAUAUGAAAACGAAACAUCCUCUGAUUCCACUGACUAUCGAAAGGCAAUCACCGGUGGAUGUACCUGAUUCGAAUUCACCCCAAUCGAAUAGAAUUUCGAAAUCUCCAUCGGAAGCAUCACUACCUGCUGCACUUCCUCAAUCGUCAAUUACACAAUAUAUUCGCAAACCACCACCAAUUCGAAGAGUUGAGAAAAUUGAUAGACAAGUGGUCAAAAUGGUUGCUAAAGGUCAUCAUGCUCUUCGAAUUGUUGAUGAAAUAGAAAUGAGAACAUUAAUCGAGAUGGUAUCACAUUGUCCAGGCUAUCAACUUCCCUCGAGAAAAACGUUGUCAACGAAUUUGAUGGUCAAUAUUUAUAACGAGGUGAUGUUGGAUGUGAAAAAAAAAAUUCAAGAUGCUCCUGCAUUAUCUCUCACUACUGAUGGUUGGACCUCCAGUAAUAAUGAGAGCUAUAUUGCAGUAACAGCGCACUUCAUAGAUGCCGACACUAAACUCUGUUCAGCUUUGCUUACUUGUAUAGCUUAUAAUGAAAGGCAUACAAGCCAAAACUUAUGUAAGUUUUUAAAAGAUGUCAUGGUAGAAUGGAAUAUUUCUCAUAAAGUUGCUGCUGUCGUUAGUGACAAUGCCGCAAAUAUAAUUAAUGCUGUCAGAAUUGGUGAAUGGAGGUCAGUCGGAUGUUUUGCUCACCUUUUAAAUCUUGUUGUCCAAGACGCUAUCAAAGACAUUUCAGAUGUUUUAUCCCAAGUAAAAAGUGUAGUUGAGUAUUUCAAUCGCAGCACACAAGGGUUGAAAAAAUUAACAGCGACACAACAGCAAAUGAGUUUGCCUGUUCUAAAACUAAAGCAGGACGUACCAACUCGUUGGAAUUCAACAUACGACAUGCUUGAGCGAAUAGUGCAGGUAAAGGAUGCUGUAAUUGCAACCGUUGCACUUUUACGCUCUGAUUUGAGCAUAAAAGAAGAUAGUUGGGAAAUAAUAGAAGGAGUUUUGCCUUUACUUAAACCAUUUUAUGAAGUCACCGUAGAAAUAAGUGCUGAGAAAAAUAUCACCUUGUCGAAAGUAAUUGUAUUGAAUAACUUAAUUCAGAGUUUUCUACAAAAACAUAGUUCUCAAAAUGAUAAAGUAGUAAGUGUACAGUCAGCUCUGAAAAGAGGAAUGGAGAACCGCUUCAAAGAUUUAGAGAACAAUGUUCUGUACGCUGAAUGUACAGUUCUGGAUCCAAGAUUUAAACAAAAAGGGUUCAGAAACCAGAGAGCUUAUGACUCGAUAAUACAUGGGCUCAGAAAUAAAAUUGGCAGGGUACAAUUACCUCAAAGAGAAGACCAUCAAGCCUCAACAAGUACUACAGCCCAAGACCCUACAUCAUCAAAUUCAGCAGAUACUACAGAAAAAAUAAAGUUUAGUAUUUGGGAGGAGUACGACGAUGAUAUAAAAAAAACCAUCAGACCAGAUAACAAAACUGCGGCUGGUAUUCGUGAACUAGAUAAAUACCUAAAUGAAGAAUACCUUGACAGAAAAAAAGAUCCACUUCAGUGGUGGCAAGAGCGCCGCCACAUAUAUCCUCAUUUGUAUGCAUAUGUUUUGAAAAGGUUUUGCAUUGUUGCAACAUCCGUUCCUUGUGAACGUGUGUUCUCUGCAACAGGACAAAUUAUUCGACAACGUAGAACAUUAUUGAAACCAAACAAAGUUUCAAAAUUAAUUUUUCUGCAUCAUAAUAUGUAG